UGCUAUAUUAAGAACGCAACAGGGCUCUUUAAAAAGAAAAUAGAGUGACAAUUUGCUGAGGUACCCAUUGGGGUAGGCUACUACUAGAAAAAAGACUGAUGAGAGCUUCGUGUAGUCUGAUACGCUUAUUGUGCUCAUUGACUACUGCGAAAUUGUCAUUAGUAACCUGGACAGUCCGAAAUUCUUUGCUAGGUGGGCGUAAAAGCUGAGAUGGCUGCUAUUCGGAAAAAGCUUGUGGUGGUCGGGGACGGUGCUUGUGGAAAGACUUGUCUGCUCAUCGUGUUCAGUAAAGAUGAAUUUCCUGAGGUAUAUGUGCCAACAGUGUUCGAGAACUACGUCGCGGAUAUUGAGGUUGACAUCAAGCAAGUAGAAUUAGCUUUGUGGGACACAGCCGGCCAGGAGGACUACGACCGCCUUCGCCCUCUGUCCUACCCAGACACCGACGUAAUCCUUAUGUGCUUCUCAGUGGACAGCCCAGAUUCAUUGGAGAAUAUUCCAGAAAAAUGGGUGCCGGAGGUGAAGCACUUCUGUCCUAAUGUCCCAAUAAUUUUAGUGGCCAACAAGAAGGACUUGCGAAAUGACGAGAACGUCAGGAAUGAGCUAGCGCGGAUGAAACAAGAGCCGGUGAAGACAGAAGAUGGGAGGGCCAUGGCUGUGCGCAUCGGAGCGUAUGAUUACUUGGAGUGUUCGGCUAAAACGAAGGAGGGGGUACGGGAGGUGUUCGAAACAGCAACUCGCGCUGCUUUGCAGAAAAGGUCAAGACCUUCUAGUGGCUGUGUGGAAUGCUGCAAAUUGAUAUGAAUUUAGCAAUCAAAACUUGCUAGACAAAAGGAAGGUAAAGAGCCAGACAAAGAAAGCUUUUCGUGGUGAGAGUCAGUCUGUUGUCUUUCAUUUGGGAUGGAGGACUCGCUGUUUAAACUGCACUCCAUGUCCCAGUUGCUGAAAUUGGUGAUCAUUAUGAGAGAGAGUAUGGAGUGAUGUGACACAGAGUUUAAACCAAGUGUACCAAUGGGAUUGGUGCAUGAGAGGAGUCAACAACAGUUACUAAUCUUGUGAGUUAUCACCAUUCUACAACCAUACUCAGAAAGAAGGAUAUUCACCGGGAUGCAGUAGGAUUCUUUGCCAGCAGGAGCAUCCAAGGAUCGGACACACAGAACAGAACAGGACACUGUUAUCAGAGUUUAUGAGAGUGGAAGGCGAAGGCCUCUCUUGGUCAAAUUAAUCAUUUGUGCAUGUUCUCAGAUUAACUACUCACAGUGUCAGCCUGUUCAGUAUUUGUGACAUGAGAAAUUGUCAGCAUGUCAUAACAUUUCCGUUCCGUUUCCGUUUUGUUUUGACAUAGUUUGUCUCCAUACUUCAACAUAUUUCCUAAACAUUCAUAAAUGUCAUGAUAUCAGAUGUUACUGCUUCAAUGCCUUUGUGUGUUUCAACCACCCACGUCGCCGUUUAAUGGAUAGGUGGACAUCAUUCAUUACUGAAGGGGACCGAAUUGAAGUUUAAUUGUUUUGAUUGCACUGAGUAGACAUUGGAUUAUUCUUAACCACGGGGAAAUGUUCCUAAUGCUAUGAGCCCUAUUGUUUUAAAUGGUAUUAGCCUAUACUGUCUUAAGGUAACGUACUGAGGAACGCAACAUAAACUCUGUCACGUUUUUUUUUUAUUUUUGUUUGUUUGUUUUUUUAACGGCUCUGAAAACCUGUGUUAUUAGGAUGUUACUCUGUUAUUUUGCAUUGCACAUAGUGGGCAUCCUAAAAGUUUACAAAGUCCACUGAAUUGUAUUGACAGUUCAUUAUGCAAAAUAAAAUGGACUAAAUGAA